GGGUGUCUGUAAGCCGUGCCAUCAAACCUUUUGCAGAGCAAGGGCGCCCUCCUGAUUGGUUCUCCCAGAAGCAUUGUGCCUCGCAGUACUCUGAGCUUUUGGAGACCACAGAGACCCCAAAACGAAAACGAGGGGAACGAGGAGAGGUUGUGGAGACCGUAGAAGAUGUAAUUAAUUGUACGGAAGCUGACAGCAGAAAGAAUUGAGGAGCUGAAGAAGUUGAUUAAAGACACACAGGAGAAAUACAGGAAACUAAAAAAGGAAGCAGAACUGAUUCAGAGUGGCCACAUGGACAGCAAGCUUGAAGAACUGUGGAAUGACAUUGUGGCCAAGAGAAAACAAGAGGAAGAGGAAGCGGAGAUGAAGAGAAAGGCUACAGAUGCUGCUUAUCAAGCUCGCCAGGCAGCUAAGAACAUUCCUCGAAGAUCUUCAACUGCAAUAGGACGCCCAACUAUUGGCUCAUCAUCUCCCGGUGUAGAGUUUGGCCUUGGAGAGCUGACACCAAGCAGCACAGAGGAGGGAAGCGUGGGGGUAAGUGUGGGGUCUUUACCAAGCACCCCAGUCUCCUCCUCCUUCAUUGGCAUCCCUGAUACCCCUCCUCCUGCCCCUUUGGAGUCCCCGUUGACCCCUCUGAUGGACGACUCUCCCCAGAAAAAGACGGGACAGAAAGCAACUCCACCCCCCUCCCCGCUGUUAUCGGAGCUCCUGAAGAAAGGCAGUCUGUUGCCCACGAGUCCCCGGCUGGUCAAUGAAGGGGAUAUGACUUUAUCGUCUAAUCAUAUUUCUGGAUCAAGUGUCCUAAUGGAUGUUGGCGUUCUCCCCAAUCUGCAUGGAGGUGAGAUGCACCCUGUUCCAGGCACAAUUCCUGCAUCUCCAGCAGCAUCGGGUGCUCCCACUCUUUCCCGGCUUCUAGAAGCUGGUCCUGCACACUUCGCUACACCUCUCGCUUCCUUCUCUGCUCCUGCUGCAAGUGAAUCUCCGUCUAAAUCUUUGCUGACCCCUAUAGAAUCCCAGGCUACCAUUAUUAUGAUGUCAGCCCUGCCAAUGACUGCAGCUGUCCCAGUGGCCCAGCAGGAGGAGAACGACUCUGCUUCUGAUCAACACACUGUAACGGUGUCCAUGGAUAGCAGUGACAUUUCUAUGAUCAUAGACUCCAUCAAUAAAGAAUGCUUGGCAAGUAGUGAUGGAAGCAUGCAAACAAAGGAUGAAUCAUCUGAGAGCAAAGGAGACUUGGACCUAGCAGAAAAGAUGGACAUUGCUGUUUCAUACACUGGGGAGGAGUUAGACUUUGAAACUGUUGGUGAUAUUAUUGCAAUAAUUGAAGACAAGGUGGAUGACCAUCCUGAGGUUCUAGAUGUAGCUGCAGUUGAGGCAGCCCUCUCAUUUUGUGAAGAGAAUGAUGACCCCCAAGCACUUGCUGGGCCCUGGGAUCAGCCUGUCCAGGAGCAUUCAGCAAAAACAGAGAACAUUGCACAGUCUCUUAUCCCAAGGCCCAAAGAUCCAACCUGUGUCCAGCCAGACACAAUAAUGAAUAUCAUGGACAUGACUCCUGAAAUAAAAUCGGAACCUCCCGAGUCUGAAGUGCAGCCUGCCCAGUCAGAGGUAUCCUCAAUUACUCCUCAUGCAACCUUUCAGCUUGAACAGCCUGAAGAUGAGAUAAGAGGGACCACUUCAAAUGAGACCGUUAAAGAAGAAGAAGUAGAUCACCAGCUUAAAACUGAGACAUCACAGUGUGAAAAUUCCCAUAACGAAGCUUUUCCAAGUGAAGAGGAUAAAGGAAUAGGAUCUGAAGAUAAUCCAGUACUAAGUGAACCAGUGAAAUCGGAACCUACACCUAGCAGUCACAACAAGGAUUCACAAGCAGAGGAGGAAGAGGAGGAGGAAGAUGUCACAAGUGAAGUUGGCAGUCCAGAGGAACCCAAGGAAGAAGAAGCUGGAGAAGAGUACCUUUCUGAGAUGGACAAUGAGCCACCAAUCAGUGAGAGUGAUGAUGGUUUCAGUAUUCAUAAUGCCCAGCUUCAGUCCCACACUCUUGCUGAUUCCAUUCCCAGCAGUCCAGCAUCUUCUCAGUUUUCUGUCUGCAGUGAAGAUCAAGAGGCCAUCCAAGCUCAGAAGAUUUGGAAAAAAAAGCCAUAAUGUUGGUGUGGCGAGCAGCAGCCAAUCACAGGUAUGCCAAUGUCUUCCUGCAGCCUGUAACAGACGACAUUGCUCCUGGCUAUCACAGCAUUGUACAGAGGCCUAUGGACCUUUCUACAAUAAAGAAAAACAUUGAGACAGGUAUAAUUCGAACCACAGCUGAGUUUCAGAGAGACAUCAUGCUUAUGUUUCAGAAUGCUGUAAUGUAUAAUAGCUCUGAUCAUGACGUCUAUCAUAUGGCUGUGGAGAUGCAGAGAGAUGUGUUGGAACAGAUUCAGCAAUUUUUGGCCACGCAGCUGAUUAUGCAGACAUCCGAAUCUGGGAUAAGUGCUAAGAGUCUGAGGGGCCGAGAUUCUACACGCAAGCAGGAUGCCUCUGAAAAGGACAGUGUCCCCAUGGGCUCUCCUGCCUUCCUUCUCUCUCUCUUUGAUGGCGGUACUAGAGGGCGUCGCUGUGCAAUUGAAGCGGAUAUGAAAAUGAAAAAAUGA